UAGCCCUGCGGCCGGGGCGGAGGCGACCCUGGCACCGGGGAAACAUGGCCGAGUAUUCGCGGUUGCGGAACUGCCUGGCGAUGAUUCGCCUCCGAAAUCCACCGUUCAACCAAAUCAGUUUGGCUGUCUUCGAUGGAAUAAAAGAGGGACUAGAGAAAGCUUUAAUAGACCCCACAGUAAAAGCCAUUGUGAUUUGUGGAGCAAAUGGCAACUUCUCUGCAGGUGCUGAUAUCCAUGGCUUCAGUGCUCCCAUUUCUUCUAAGUUCACAUUAGGAGAUUUAGUAGAUGACAUGCAGAGAAGCGAGAAGCCCAUGGUGGCAGCUAUCCAAGGCAUGGCUUUGGGAGGUGGACUAGAGCUGGCCCUGGGCUGUCACUAUAGGAUUGCCCAUGCACAGGCUCAAGUUGGCUUCCCAGAAGUCAAAUUAGGACUUCUUCCUGGUGCAAGAGGCUCCCAGCUUCUCCCCAGGCUCAUUGGAGUUCCUGCUGCACUUGAUUUAAUUACCUCAGGAAGACAUAUUUUGGCAGAUGAAGCACUCAAGCUGGGUAUUCUAGAUGAAAUUGUCAACUCCGACCCAGUUGAAGAAGCAAUCAAAUUAGCCCAGAGAGUUCUAGAUCAGUCUCUAGAACCCCGUAGACUCUACAACAGGCCGGUUCAGAGCUUGCCCAACAUGGACUCUAUAUUCAGUGAAGCCAUUCUGAGGAUGCGGAAGCAGCACCCCGGGUGCCUUUCUCAGGAGACUUGUGUCCGUGCAGUCCAGGCUGCCGUACAGUAUCCCUAUGAGGUGGGCAUCAAGAAGGAGGGGGAGCUGUUUAUGUACCUUCGGCAAUCAGGGCAGGCGAGAGCCCUGCAAUAUGCGUUCUUGGCUGAGAGGAAUGUAAAUAAGUGGUCAGUGCCGUCUGGAGCAUCCUGGAAGACAGCGUCGGGACGGCCCAUCUCCUCCGCGGGCGUUGUCGGCUUGGGAACAAUGGGUCGAGGCAUUGUCAUUUCUCUUGCAAAGGCCAGGAUUCCUGUGAUUGCCGUAGAACCAGACAAGAAGCAGCUAGAAACUGCAAACAGGAUUAUAACCUCCUUGUUGGAAAAGGAAGAAUCCAAAAUGAAGCAGAGUGGCCACACUUGGUCAGGACCAAAACCCAAGUUAACCACAUCUAUGAAGGAGCUUAGUAGUGUAGAUUUAGUCAUUGAAGCAGUAUUUGAGGAAAUGAAUCUGAAGAAGCAGGUCUUCGCUGAACUGUCAGCCGUGUGCAAGCCAGAAGCGUUUUUGUGUACCAAUACGUCAGCCCUGGACAUUGAUGAGAUUGCUUCAUCCACUGAUCGUCCUCACUUGGUCAUUGGCACCCAUUUCUUCUCACCAGCUCAUAUCAUGAAGUUGUUAGAGGUUAUUCCCAGCCGAUACUCUUCCCCCACUACUAUUGCCACUGUUAUGGACUUAUCAAAAAAGAUUAAAAAAAUUGGAGUAGUUGUAGGCAACUGUUUUGGAUUUGUUGGGAAUAGAAUGUUGCAUCCUUAUUACAAUCAGACGUAUUUCUUGUUAGAAGAUGGCAGUACGCCAGAGGAGAUAGAUAAUGUGCUGGAAGACUUUGGUUUCAGAAUGGGACCUUUUAGAGUGUCUGAUCUUGCUGGGUUAGAUGUGGGUUGGAAAUCUAGAAAGUGGCUAGGUCUUACUGGAUCUACAUUGCCUCCAGGGACUCCUGCCCGAAAGCGAGGCAAUAGGCGAUAUUGCCCAAUUCCUGAUAUGCUCUGUGAAUCAGGACGAUUUGGCCAGAAGACAGGUAAAGGUUGGUACCAAUAUGACAAGCCAUUGGGUAGGAUUCACAAACCUGAUCCCUGGGUUUCCAAAUUUCUGUCACAGUAUAGGGAAACCUAUCACAUUGAACCACGUAUCAUUAGCAAGGAUGAGAUUCUUGAGCGCUGCUUAUAUUCACUCAUUAAUGAGGCAUUCUGUAUCUUGGGGGAUGGGAUAGCUGCUAGCCCAAAGCACAUCGAUGUUAUCUAUUUACAUGGGUAUGGAUGGCCAAGGCACAAGGGUGGGCCCAUGUUCUAUGCUUCCACAGUUGGGUUGCCCACAGUGCUAGAGAAGUUACAGAAAUAUUACAGGCAGAAUCCUGAUAUUCCCCAACUGGAGCCUUGUGACUAUCUGAAAAAAUUGGCUUCCCAAGGAAACCCUCCUCUGGAAGAAUGGCAGAGCUUGGCAGGACCCCCCAUCAGUAGAUUAUGAUUCAGCCUUUUAUGCCUCACAUGCUGGCAUCAGGUAAUGCUCACUGAAUUUCACUGAAAUUAAAUCAGAAGGUCCAAAGUAAGAAUGCUUUGAAAUACAAAGCUAAAGAAAUAACCAGCUAAACCUCCUCUUUGUGUCUUCUGUCUGAUGAUUCUUAUGGAUCAAAUAUUUAGUAAUGUGCUUCCUACGCCUCUGAGUCUGUCCCAACAGAUAAACUAUUUUUCAAUCCUAAUGAAUAAACUCAUGCUAAUAUCUUAAUAGUUAAGAA